AUGGGUCUGCCCGCAUGGGAACGCCGACUGCGCAGAAGACUUUGGUGGGCUAUGUACUCCGAGGACAAAUGGCGCAGCCCGCUGAUGGGCCGUCCGCCGAUUAUUCGACACAAUGAAUGGGAUGUGACAGAUCUCGACGAUGAUGACUUUCAGAUCGACACUGAAUCCUUGACGCUGGACAAUGAAGCCCGGGAGGCUCUUCAUGCACUCCAGUUUCAGAGCUUCGCACGUUUAUCGUGUCUUGCCGACGAAGUCCAGCAUCGCCUAUAUUCCCUGCUCGCCGCCCAACGCCUAUCAUCCAACUUCCCCGAAUCACUCGAAACAGCACGCUCCUUGCUGGCGAGGCUAAAAGAGUGGUACUCCCAGCUCCCACUCAGCCUCCGUCAUCAGAGCAAACCCUUCCUCCAGAAGAAGCAAUCAAACUGCCUCCAUUCUACCUACAGUCUGCUCGAAGUGUUCAUCUUCCGCGCCUUGCUCAGACCAAUGGUCCGCUCCGCAGCCCCACCACGCCUAAUCGAGGAGCCCCAAGAUAGCCUCGCAACAAUGGUAGACGAGUACAUCGCACAUAUGAUAUCCGCGAAAGAAAUCGACCCAGUCCCCGCGAUAGACAACGACACGGGCAACGCAGUCCUCAAAGCAGCAGAGAACUGUGCCGCAACCAUGCUCUGCUCUGUCCUGCGGAUGUCCUACGAUCUAUCCGCAUUCUAG